CAUUUGAGUCCGAACUUUAUAAAUUUCAACAGAAUCAGUCAAUUCAAUCAAUUUCAAUGUUACCAAGCAGGCUUUAAAGAUGUGAUGCUAUUUUAUACUCCCUACUAGUACUACCUCAACCCAAUUUCUAGGUAUAUACCGAUCUACCAAUUCAUUGACCGUUUGGUUCCAACAUACGGGUUGUUUAGAAAAAGUUUGCCCGAUCAGUUUGCUGCCCCAAACUCGAGUGAAAUCACUGUAUGAUGUCUCAAAAGUAGAGCCUAAUUACAUUGACUAGUGCAACCAAGAAACAAAGAAAGAAAGACGGCAACUUGGAUCAUUAGGCAUCUCCCUUCCUCCGGCCAACCGAAAGCUCCGUACUAAUAAUUUUAAAAACAGAAAAGAAUCACUCCCAAAGCCAAAACUUUACUUUACAAUUGACAUAGUGAGUGAGUAAGAAGAGCUCAAGAAUCAUUGUUUUCAAGCCAAGUAUAUAUCUGUGAUGUCUCACCAAAUCCAUGAGGCCACCGGAAAGAUGACAAAGCUUUGCCGGAAAAUCGUGGACUUCAACUUCCGGUGGAGAUUAGUGGACAGAGUUUCGUAUCUCAAGGAUUUCUUUCGGCUCAUUUGGGAAAGACUGCUCAUUUGUUCCACCCAGAAGCCGGAGCGGUACCGGAGAAUAGCCGGCCGAGAAGGCGCCGCUCCAUUGCCGGAAUCCAUGGAGGUCUUGAUCGAAGAGGCCCCCACUACUGCUAUUCGUUGUGGGUAUGAGAGUGAAUCGGAUUUGGUGAGCUUGAAGAUCAGUAUAUUGGGUGAUUCCCAGAUUGGGAAAACAAGUUUUGUGACCAAGUAUGUAGGAGAUGAUCAAGAAAUGAGGUGUCUGCAAAUGGAUGGAAUAAAUUUUAUGGACAAAACAUUAAUUGUCAGAGGGGCAAGGAUUGCUUUGAGCAUAUGGGAUGUUGGAGCAGGAGAGCAACUUCCAAACGCCUGCAAUGAUGCAGUUGCUAUUCUAUUCAUGUUUGAUCUUACUAGUAGAUGCACCCUAAACAGUGUAAUAGGAUGGUACAGUGAAGCAAGAAAGUGGAAUCAGACGGCAAUUCCAAUACUUAUCGGCUCCAAGUUUGACGAUUUUGCCCGGCUUCCGCCCGACGUGCAGUCCUCAGUCAUCACUCAGGCAAGAGCAUAUGCUAAGGUGAUGAAGGCAAGCUUAUUCUUCUCAAGCGCAACCCAUAACAUCAAUGUCAAUAAGAUCUUCAAGUUUAUUAUGGCCAGAGUCUUUAACCUUCCCUGGAACCUUGAGAGGAAUCUCACCAUUGGAGAACCCAUCAUUGACUUCUUAUAAUCUUGCAUUUUUUACUCAACAAGUCAACAACCCUAAUUGAUCUUUGGAUCUCCUCUUUUCGCCAGAAGUGUUUGAGUUCAGAUUCUCCCAUUUAGGCACGGAGUAGCACUUCGUUUUUUUUCUGGUCACAAGUGUAACAUCCCUUUGAAGUGGAUUCUGUUUCAUUUUAAGUCAGAAUCAGAAUUUCGGUUGUAUAAUAUAGUCGUUCCGAAAGAGGUGUAUGAAAUUGAUUCUGAUAUAUCGAAUUCCACCAUAUAUGUAUGUCUUUCAUUAUCGAGAUAUACGAAGUAUAUAUGUACAUAUAUAUACACACCACUACACCUGUAUUACAUGUAUACUCACUCACCAGAAUCCAUCAUCAAUAGCCC